AUGGAAUGUAUUCCAAACGUGCGCGAGUUUGCUUCUGCAGAUCAAUUCGAGCACGUUGUCUACCUUAACUCUGAUACCAUUGACUUUGUCGAUGAAGUCGAUGAGGUCAGUGUCGAAGCUCAACUUGCUGAUGUUUACGCGUUGGAAGUGUACCGCGAAGAAAUUCGUCGUGCAGAGCAGUCUAUCUUAGAUGAAGCAGUUGCGAUGAGUUUGUAUGCUCAGGAGGAGCGCAAGUUGUUGCAUCCUAAUGCCGCUGAGCUGGAUACUGACAAUGACGAUGACGAAGUCAUGGGCGAAGAUGAGGAGUCCAAACCACCACCAAAUUGCACAUGCUGCUUGGCAUCCCUUGAAGACAAGAGCACUUGCCGUACGUUAGUAUGUGGCCAUCUGUACUGUACAAAAUGUAUUGCGACGCGGUGUCGUAUGGGUGUUCGGGAUCGCUCCAUGGUACCUGCUCACUGUUGUAAGCGAGAGUUCCCAACCGACUAUGUGCUAGAGGCUUUGGGUGCUACCGAUUUUGAGAUCUAUGAGCACUUUCUAAAGGCCAAGCCUUGGCAUUCGCUGGAUCUACAGUCGGAUCGCGAGUAUGCCAAGGUGGUGAAGCAGAAUCAUGCUGUGCAGUGUCCUGGUUGUGGCGUGGGGGUGCAAAAAUCAGAGGGAUGCAAUCACAUGACCUGCUUGAACGGCCACCAGUUCUGUAACUUGUGCGCCAGGAAAUGGAAGACAUGUAGUUGCAUCGACUAG